CUCAAACCUCAGUGGGUCUCUGUCUUAAUCUAAUUUUAAUCCUGAUCCUCCUCACAUGCACCGCUGGACACUGGAUACGGAAAUGUAAAACCUCGGUGGAGAUUUUGGCACACGCUGACGCACCAUCCUCUAUCAUCCUGUGAUGAAGGAGCGCGUAAAAGGCUGAAGAUCUGGAUCUUCAUCGUCAUCAUCCUCUUCAUCACAGUGAGCUGCUGCUGCUGAAGAAGCUUUCAGAGCAGGAUGAAGGUAACCUUCGGUUCUCUGGUGAUUGCAGCAGGGAUCUGUGGACUCCUGAGCUUCGUCUUGUUGGCCACGUCCCUCGGAACCGAGUACUGGUACAUCAUCGAGAUGAACCCACUGAACAGCGCGAGCGAUUUUGAGGACAUGAGUUCCCACUCGGGACUGUGGAGCAUCAACGAGGGUGGCCAGAUGUACGCGUACACCAUUGACUCCUUCAAAGACGAUUACUCCAGAUACUCUGACACUGAGCUGCACUUGCUGAACAUGCAUAGGGCAGUGGUGGUGCUGCUUCCUCUCAGCCUGGUCCUCCUGUUGUUUGGUGGUAUCUGCGGCCUGGUCAGCUCUCUGACUCGCAGCCAUGUUCUCCUCACCAGCACGGCCUCCUACUUCUUCAUCUGCAGUUUGCCGACCUUGAGCGGCGUCAGCCUCUACAUCCUGUACUCGUACGAGGCCCUGGCAGAGACGGAGAGGCUGGUGGAGCCAGAGGACCUGGCGUCCAUCCGCACCUCCUUCGGCUGGUCUCUGGGUCUGGCCUGGCUCUCCUACGGCCUGGAGCUGGUCACCGGAGCUCUGCUGCUCACGGCUGCACAGAUGGUCAAGCAGCAGCGCAGCAGUCUAUCCAGGGCCGAGUGGAUCCAAGGCAAUCAUGAAAGGCACUGAACUGUACUGAACUGUGUGUGAAGGAGUGAGGAGGAGCAGUCAGGUAUGUUGGUACAAAACCUGAAUUUAAUCGAAUUUUCUAUUAAUUAGUCUAACAGAGUUUAGUUUUGAAUAGAUUCAUGUCCUGUGACUCUUGAUAAAGGAAGGUGUAGUCUGACUGGUCUGACUUUCAUCUGACCAGUGUCGCCCUCUUGUGGUUUGAAGAGAAGUGUCUCUUCAUAUCCACUCUCCAUAAUCAUGCUGAUUAUUAAUUGAAUCUGUGCCAAACAUGGGUUAGGGUUAGGGUUAACAUUUUACAUUUUGACGUAACAUUUACAUACAUUUUUAUUCUCGGAGCAUGUCACGUGCUCGUGAUUGAUUUCAUGUUAUUUGUAUAAUGUUAUUGUUCAAGGUGUAAAGGUCACAUGUGUAUAGUUGUUGCUGUUUAGGUCAUUUUGUGCCCUGUUGACUGCUUGUUUUUCUAUAAAAGAAAUGUGUAAUAAAUGUUGGUGCA